AACGAGGCGUCGUUGAUGAUGUCCAGCAUACUGCAAUCAGUGCGACGCCUCGGGCCGUAAAGCUCGCGUCAGUGCAUCAUCAGGCCAGAGGGCACGACAGCAGCGGCCCUCGGACCAUCACUUCUGCGCUUUGGCCCUCUGUGUCAACAUCCGCCCAUUGGCGGCUCGAGAUUGGGCGCUACUGAGCCUUCUUGCCUUCUCGAUGAUGGGAUGCUGUCGCUCUGCCCGGACUCAAAGCAAUCUCUUGGGCGUCCGCUACCAUCCCUCACUGCAUAUCAUACCACUAUGCUUCUUCCUCGCGCCCAUCACGCAAUGUGGCUCCUCGUACUAUGGUGGCUGUGCACCAGCCUGACGCUCGUCCACGCACAAACGCUGCAACCUCAUCAGCCUCCGAAGACUUCGUUCGAAGGCUUUUGCCCCGGUCGCCGGGCCCCACCGCUGAGACAGCGCACUUGUGCCCCUUUUUAUUUCUUUGCAGCCUGUGGUCCUGCGGAGCAAAAUGACUGUCGAUCGUCGCUGGAAAGCAUCCUCGACGGCAUUCGUGCGGAUAAUACGACGUGGGACUGUUUGACCAGCAAUGAGGUGAACAUCGCCGGGGUCGAAACUCCCGUCGACGUCGUCGGCAACAUUGCGAUGUCGCCUGGUGUGGCUAUGAUGCUCCCGGUAGAGCUCAAUGCUACGAUGACGUCGACCAAGCAGAGGCCAUUCAGCGGGCUAGGACCGAGCCCAUCCGGCCUUAGAUGCUCGUCGGGAGCAGGGUGUACCGCUUUGAUCAAGCUCGAGUCGGCCGACGUGAAAUGCCGAGCCCAAAACUACUUCAAGAGAUGGAUGCAAGGUACAGGCUGGCAAGCCCUCGACUAUCACUUUGGCGCGACGAUUGCCAAAUGCCUACGAAACGAGACCAUCAUCCCUCCGCCAUGGAUGCCCAAUCAGACUCACUACUAAGAGGCAGUGACGGAGAGGAGGCGAGGGGCGUACUCACAACAUGCUAUCAUUCGUCAAUGCCCAUCAUUUAUU